AUGUACCAACUGCUGAUGGGCUCCUGUGAGAAAGUUAGGUGGAGGAGGUUAAUCUCGCACAAUAAAUCUUCACCAAAGAGUCUUUUAAUUUCUUGGGUGGUUAUGUGGGGUAGACUGCCUACUCUGGAUAGGUUACUUACUUGGAAGGUGGUGGAUGGCAAUGUGUGUCCCUUGUGUUAUGGUAGUCUUGAGUCUGUGCAGCAUCUCUUUUUUGAGUGUGGGUACUCUGCUGCUAUUUGGUCCCAUGUUCUAACUAGCUUGCACUUUAACAGACCAGUGGGUCAGCUUGAUUCAGAGUUGAUUUGGAUGGUUCGAGCUGCUAAGAGAACUGGUGAUAGGUUCAAGCUCUUGCUGAUGUUGUUUGUUGAAUGUAUCUAUGGCAUUUGGCUGCAAAGAAAUGCUAAGGUGUUCACUCAUGCUUGUAGUAGUCCUCAAGAUAUGCUGAAAAGAGAUCAAAUUCAGACUUGCUUGUAG